AUGGCUGAUUCUGAUCGCCGGAACAACGGAUACCGCGGCGGCGGUGGAGGAGGAGGAGGAGGAGGACGCAAGCGCAGAUACAGAGACGACGAUGAUUUCGACCGUCGCUCGCAGAGGCGGCGAUACGAAGAGCCGCUUGGCGCCAAAGUGCGAAGGCAGCUACUGUUGAUUGCUGAGUCGCCUACUCGCAGGAUUGAGGAUGAUGCUGCUAGCAUUGCAAAGAUUGUGUCGGAAAACAACGAAGACGAAGAAAUACGUGGCGCCUUUUUGGACACGGUUAUUCAACUGGCCAUCGAACAGCCAUUCAAAAUCCCAUUUGUGGCUACCGUCGUCCUAGCCGUGAACAGCCAGAAACCCGACGUCGUUGUGGAUGUGUUGAAGAGAAUCGGAUCGACUGUCGGAGAUGCCCUUGAUGCCGGUGUGUGGCGCGACGUCAAGCUUCUAGUGCGCCUUCUUGGCUGCCUGCAGGGCGCCUUGGAAGGUGACGGAGUGUUUACCAUCUUGGAAGAGCUAUUCUCGCGAGCGGUCGACCUCCAAACUGCAUCUUCGGAAGAUUCCAUCGGUUUAGAGAUUGUCAAGAUUAUUCUACUCACAAUCCCUUAUGUCAUGGUGUCUUCUGCCUCUGGCUUUGAAACCCAAGCAUCAGCUCUGCUGGAGAAGACCGAGAUUAUUGCUGCUACGCCCCAUGCCCUGGAGACCCUGGUGAAUCCCUUUGCGCUUGAUCGGGACGAUUCCAAACCGCUGCAGAGCUUUAUUGGCUUAUUGCAGAUCCAACUGCAGAAAGAAGCAGGCGCAGGCUGGGAACUCACUUGUCUCCCACGCCCUUGGAAGAUGUUCAAUUCAGAAGGCGAGGAUGCAAUCUCCUUUGAAAACGCCGCAAAACACCCACUCCCUGCAAUCACCGUGCCGAGUCCUGCUAAAAACGGACCUCGCGCCAUAUACCCGGAGGUCUAUUUCUCGGUCUACCACGACCAAGAAAUUGAAACUGUGCCGGGGCCUGCAGAUAUCACAUCGACACUCUUGCGGGAUGCCCUCGUGGAUACCAUCAACAUCCUCGACUUCAACCGAAUGGCCGCCGCCAAGUUCCUCAUUGAUGUGGACUGCUAUUUCUCGCCUGGUAUUUUUGUGAAGCGGGCAACGCCGUUUGACAGACUCCGCGACUUUCCCGAGGGUCGAACCACCUGGAAGCCCGAAGACGUGGCCGUUGACGCGGUCUUUUCGCAGCUCUUCCAGCUGCCCAACCCAGAGCACAAGUUGGUUUAUUAUCAUUCGGUUCUCACCGAGUGCUGCAAGCUCGCCCCGGCUGCCAUUGCUCCCAGUCUUGGCCGUGCGAUUCGGUUUUUGUAUCGCAACUUGGACAAGAUCGACGUUGAUCUGGCGCAUCGCUUUUUGGACUGGUUCGCUCACCAUCUGAGCAACUUUGGUUUUACUUGGAAGUGGACAGAGUGGAUUGAAGAUUUGCAACUCCCCCCGGUUCAUCCAAAACUGGCCUUUAUCACUGGAGCACUUGACAAGGAAAUUCGGCUCAGUUUUGCUCAACGCAUUAAAGGGACACUCCCCGAACCGUAUCAGGGUUUGAUCUCCAAGGGCAAAGAAAAGGACACGCCAGACUUUAAAUAUGCAAGUGAUACUAUGCCGUACGCGAAACAGGGAUCGGAAUUGAUGCAACUGAUUCGUAAAAAGGCGACGGACGAGGAGAUUGAGCCUAUCAUCGCCGAGAUCGAGCAAGAAGCCAAGGAGCACGGGCUUGAAGAUGUCAUGAUCCCAUCGACCGACGCCUUUGUCACGUCGGUGUGCUUCGUUGGCUCCAAAUCUCUGUCGCACGUUCUGUCAUGCAUCGAGAGAAACAAAGAGCGCCUGCUUGCCAUUGGGCCUCGCUCAUCGCCCGCACGUCGCCAGAUCCUCACCUCGGUCAUGGAGUACUGGGCAGAGCAACCGGGCAUCGCGAUCAACAUCAUCGACAAACUACUCAACUACACGAUCCUGACCCCGCUCUCCGUGGUCGAAUGGGCGCUCCUCGACCGCAUCGACGCCGGCAAGAUCCUAGCCCAAACCCACGUGUACGAAAUGCUCGCAGCAACCGUCGGAAAAGUCACCAACCGCAUCCGCCAAAUCGUCGCGGCGCGCACCCAGCCAGGCCUGUACGAGCCGCAGCUCAGCGUGCUCGACGAAACCCUCGUGCGCGAACGCAACGACAUGCAGGCCCUUUUUGGCCUUAUCGGCGACUGUCUAGCGCCUGUAGCGCGCGGCAGCAACGACGAGCUGAUGGAACGCGGCGACGACGAACACACGCAGGCCGAAAACGAGCUGAUUCACCAGUGGGCGCAGCGCUGGCUCAGAGUCUUCAAACGCAAGGCCGAGGUCGAAGCCGCGUUUAUUGAAGAUGCCAUGGCCUCGGCUACCCCCGUGGGCACGCAGGCUCCUCCUCCUCCUCCUCCGGCAGUACCUGUGGAAGAAGAAUCUGCGACGAGCGCAGUUGUUCAAGAGGAUGAACGAGUUGUCGAGGACGCGGCGGCGAAUGGGGAUAUGGAUAUUGCGGAUAUCUCGUAG